AUGGCCGGAGUAAUCGCCACAUCGGAUGGCCAGGUGUCCGACGGAUGGGCCAAACACAUGGCAACCAUCCGUCGAUUAUACCUGGAUGAGGACAUGACCCUUCAAGAAGUUAUGAAUGUUAUGGCAUCGGAAUAUGGGUUUGUUGCAUCAAUCAAGGUGUACAAGAAACGCUUGAGGGACUAUAAUUGCCGGAAGAAUAUUCGCUCAACAGAAUCAGACGUCCAAGCGUAUCAAAACAUAACCCUAUCUAAACAAUGGCCAGCUCGUAUCAGAUUAUCCAAUGGCCAAGUUGUUACAGCCGAUGUUCUCGCAAGCCAUAUGCAACGGAAGAUGAAUCGCACCCGAGCCCCGGUUAUGAUUAGAACUCCAGACAGAUACUACUUCGUGGAAUCAGCUUGCGCGCAUACCCGGUUCUAUUUGCUGUCCUUGAUGCCAAAGCUUAGCCUCUUACAACAUGCUGUUGCUUCUCAAGCAGCUUCCGCCAACUUGAAAGAGAUGGAUCCAUACACACAGAAGUGGAGCAAUUUCGUUCAGACACUCGAUGCUGCGCUUGAUGUAUCCGGAACUAGUGUCCAUCUGGACAACGCUAUCAUGGUGAUGCAAAAAGCACCUCAACACUUCAGCAUGAUCCUUGAGCAUGAAUCAACUAAAAUAAUCGGUAACCUCUUAAUGUUUUUGGUUGUAGCAACUCCACGCCGCCCUGGAAUAUCAGAUAAGGAGUUGCAGGUGUUUCUAAGGAUUGUGAAGAGUCUCCUCAACUUUGGGGCCACGGUUGUGCCUGCCGCUGAUCCGUUGCAUCACGUACUGCAGAGUCUUGCCAGAUGGGACACCGAGGACAUGAGAGAUUUCGCGCGGAAUACUUCAGCCACCUGUGAUUUUUCAAUUACUCGCAACGGUGCGCAGGGCAAGUCCCAGUGCACUCUGCUGUCACUUGCCAUCUUCUGGGUCAGAAUUAUCAGGGCCUGUAGCGUCAGGACCAUGAAAAGUGCGGAAUCAGGCCUGCUUUUGAAAGCCCACCAGCCCCCAUUCAAGACAGCAGACAUCUUCAGCUACAGCUUCCAGUCUCCUGUCUUCUACACAACUACAUACGGUAACUACCAGCGACACUUAUGCAAUGGUGUUGUGCUAUACCAAGCAAGAUCAACGAACGAGGUGUAA